AUGGCCAUCACCCCUGAAACUCCCGUCGUGCUCAUCUCUGGUGCGAACCAAGGUAUUGGUCUGGCGGCCGCAAAGAUCCUCGCGGUCAAACACAAAUACCACGUCGUGAUCGGUUCUCGUAAUGUCGCCGCAGGAGAAGCCGCCGCAAAGACCAUUUCGUCUGAAGGUGGUUCAGCGAGUCGCGUCCAACUCGACUUGACAUCCGACGACACAAUCGCCACAACAGUCAAGUACAUCUCCGACACUUACGGUCGGCUGGACGUCCUGAUCAACAACGGCGGUGUACUUAUGGACGUCGACCACGCCUCCCACCUCAGCACCCGGGAACUAUUCACUCGUACCUUCAACACCAACGUCAUCGGCACCGCCUGUCUCACCGAAGCCUGUCUCCCUCUUUUAAGGAAAUCAUCAUCACACCCACGGAUCGUGUUCGUCUCUUCGACCAUGGGUUCCCUCAAAGUUGCCACCGACAAGGACGCCAUGUUUUAUUCCAUGGACUUCAAGGCAUACGACUCGAGUAAAGCCGCCUUCAACAUGCUGGCCUUGAAUUACGCCCGCAUGUUGAGUGACGUUGGUGGAUUGGUCAAUUGUGUCUGUCCGGGAGUCGUGCAGACAAACUUGACCUCGUACAACCAGGAAAACGGACACACUCCGGAAGUCGGUGCGAAGAGGAUCGUGGAACUCGCCACGCUUCCCAAGGGGGGUGAAACUGCGACUUUCUCGGACAUGAAUGGUCCUAUACCUUGGUAA